AUGCCUGAAGGACAAUGUCCUUUCUGUCUAUCACCACAACAGAAUUUGCACCAUAAUCUUCUCUGUGGUGAUUGUGUGGGUCAGGAGUGCACCCUAGUACGCAAUUCGUGUAUUGAAUCCGAUCGCCAAAUCGAAGCAGCUCGAGAUAAAAUCAACCAAAUAUUUGACCUUUGUAACAAAUUACAGAAUGGCGACACCAUUCUGGCACUUCCUGAUAACCCAUCUACUCCAAAUCCAUCCAUAAAGCUGAUGAAAAACCUCGCUUAUCGACUAGUAAAGCUCCAAGCACUAAAUACAAAGGCAAAAGUACGCAACAUUAAUCGCACAAUUGAGUCACUUCGAUCAUCCAUAGAACAGGUAAAAGGCGAGUCCAAAGCAGCAAAAGAUACAAUAAAGCCCUCGUCUACUGCCAGGAUUGAUACCUGGUUCACUCAACAAAUCAAUGAACUCGAUAGUCAACUACGACAUUUUCGAGGCGAAAAGGUGAUCCAAGUAGAGCGGCAGGCAGUUCUGCUCCAAAAGCAACAAUACCUCACUUUGAUUUCCUUAGCAUUUCUGAAUUCCCCGGGACGAUCUGGUGCUGGCAUCAGCUCGCAAAGGAGUUCAAAGUCGUUGCUAUUCUACAACCAACCAGUGCUCAAUUUGGAACUGCUUUUCAACCACAACAGUAAAGUGCUUCAAAUUAACGAGUUUUUCGAGAAUCUCAUCAAGUUCCAACUGCACCUUGCUGACUUGUUCAAGGUGGAUGGUGUAGAAUUGCCGUUCUUACCUGAACUUUUAAAACUUCUUCCCGAUGAACAGCUUUUCGCAUCGAUCCAGGACCAGGAAGAUUUUAUGUAUUCUGGGAUUAAAGAACCAAAAUUGCAACGCUCUCCCAGCCCAGAAACCUCCCCUAGUCCCCAAAAGGAGCCCGAUCAGGUAAUUAGAUUGGGAGAGGCAUUCAAGCUUCCUCUUUCUUCCAAAACCCUCAAUUUGCAGCGCCGGGCUCGCACCGAACAUUCAGCGGAAUCAGAGCUGGAACCCAAGGUAGAAAUGACCAAAAGACCGUCUGUGAAAAAGGAAUCAAAAAAUUCUUUGUACGGGAAAACUGUGGUCAUUGUUCCACACAAAAUUCUUUCGAAACCGUUUACCAAAUUUUCCCCACAGGAAUUUUUAAGGUUUCUUUUGACAGUUGCAAAAAUCAUUGCAAACUUUCUCUAUUUUUUUGAGGUGACAAUUAACCGAGUACCAACCACACGUUCAACUUCUCUUAGCAAUGUUCGAACGGGAGAAGUUGACGAUUUUAACCUCACUUCAAUUCUCACCAAACUGCUCAAUAUGGCACAAUACUUUGACUUCAAACUCACCCAGCUCAAAAAUGAAAAUCAAGUGGAAAUGACAGGUUCUCAAUCGUUGGUAUCUACAGUCAGCAAUGUGAGCACCACCAACUCCAGUGUGCUUCCUCUGCAAUCUUAUGUUAAGCAAAAGAAACCCAGAGGUCUUCUUGAGCGCUUAUUCGGCGACACAGAUUAUAAGCUAACUGAUAUGGAAGGAGAGAUCUACGGUGGUGUCAGUGAGUCCAGCCUGACCAAGACCACAGACUCAUCGAAGCCGAGUCCAGAAACAAAAAUUCCCGAGCUUAAAGUGAUAAUGCAAGCGGUUUACAAGUUGAUGGUGAGCGGUGCUUCAGCUAGAGCUCAUCAAUUUACCAGCACCACGUUCUCCAUGAUGGCCGAGUCUAAGGAGCAGCUCGAUGACUGGGACGUUGUGAGCAAAUUACAUUAG